CUCUCCCUUUCCUUCCCCUUCGUCCUUUGCUUACUGUUGCUCACCUUUUGCUGAUGGACAAUUCUUUUUUGAAGACACCAGCUGAAGUGUGUUCACACUUUGGUGUAGACCCCAAUAGAGGUCUCUCCGAAGACAAAGUACGAGACCAACGCAAAAAGUUUGGCCCCAACGAAUUGCCUGAAGAAGAAUCGACUCCAUUAUGGCGCCUUAUCCUCGAUCAGUUCCAGGAUCAGCUCGUGUUGAUUCUGCUCGGUGCUGCUGUUAUUUCGUUUGUACUUGCUCUGUUUGAAGAAAAUGAAGGAUCCGAAUCGUCGACUGCAUUUGUGGAACCUAUUGUUAUCUUGUUGAUUUUGGUGGCCAAUGCGACCGUGGGUGUAUUGCAGGAAUCAAGCGCCGAAAAGGCCAUUGAUGCCUUACGUGAAUACUCUCCCGAUGAAGCCAAAGUGUUGCGUCAAGGUGAAUUGAAAAAGGUGCGCGCCGAAGAAUUGGUGCCGGGUGAUAUUAUUGAUAUUUCGGUGGGUAACAAAGUUCCCGCCGACGCUCGUGUGUUGGAAAUCUAUUCAAGUGUGCUUCGCGUGGAUCAAGCAUUGUUGACAGGUGAAUCCGUCAGUGUCAACAAGGACGUUGAACCUAUUCACGAUGUCGGCGCCGUCAAACAAGAUCAAUACAAUAUGCUGUUCUCUGGUACCACGUGUGUGCUUGGAAAAGCCCAUGCCAUCGUUGUGCAAACCGGUGCCGCCACCGCUAUCGGUAACAUUCAUACCUCCAUCACCUCUCAGAUCUCGGAAAAGACUCCCUUGAAGCGCAAAUUGGACGAUUUUGGUGACACCCUUGCCAAGGUCAUCUCGGUUAUCUGUGUGCUUGUGUGGCUCGUUAACAUUCGUCACUUCAACGAUCCUUCGCACAAGGGCUGGAUUCAGGGUGCCGUUUACUAUUUCAAGAUCGCCGUCGCUCUUGCCGUCGCUGCCAUUCCUGAAGGUUUAGCCGCCGUCAUCACCGCCUGUUUGGCUUUGGGUACGAAGAAAAUGGCCAAGUGCGGUGCCAUCGUCCGCAGCUUGCCCAGUGUCGAAACUUUAGGAUGCACCAGCGUCAUUUGCUCCGACAAAACCGGAACCUUGACCACCAACCAAAUGAGUGUCUCACGUGUUGUGUCAUUGGCUAAUACCAGUGGUGGUUUGAACGAAUUGUACGUGGAAGGCAGCAGCUAUGCUCCGGAUGGUUCGGUUACAACCCCUGAUGGUAAAGUCGUGACGGCGUUGCCUGCUCAGAAUGUCUUGGCUCGUGAAAUGGCUUUGGUUUGCUCUCUUUGCAACGAGGCCCGCAUCACUUAUGAUGAGGCUACCGACGUAUACCAGAAUAUCGGUGAACCUACUGAGGCUGCAUUGCAAGUGCUUGUGGAAAAAUUCGGUACCGAUAAUCACGCUGUUAACAACGGAUUGGCUUCUCUGUCGAAACGCGAACGCGUGACGGCGUGCAACGAUUAUUUUGCUGGUCAAUUCAAACGUCAUGCUACUCUGGAAUUCACCCGUGACCGUAAAUCCAUGUCCGUCAUUGUCUCAUCGGAUAGUCAACAUACUUUACUCGUCAAAGGAGCUCCAGAGUCCAUUCUCGAUCGAUGCGCUUACGUCCGUGUUUCCGAACAAGAUGCUCCCGUACCCAUGACCUCGGUCCUUCGUGAUACUUUGAACAAGAAAAUUCUGGAAUACGGUCAAGGCCUGUCGUUGCGUUGCAUCGGUUUAGCUAAAGUUGACAAUGUGAACCCUGCCAGUUUUGAUUUGCGUGACCAGACCAAAUUUGCUCAAUACGAAACCAACAUGACCUUCCUCGGUUUAGUCGCCAUGAUGGACCCUCCUCGUCCCGAAGUGCGCGCCUCUAUUGAAAAGUGUAAAACGGCCGGUAUCCGUGUGAUCGUGAUCACCGGUGACAACAAGAAUACUGCCGAAGCUAUUUGUCGCAAGAUUGGUGUCUUUGAUGAGGACGAGGACUUGACUGGCAAGAGUUACACCGGCCGUGAAUUUGAUGAUUUGUCGCAAGCUGAAAAAAUCGAAGCCGUGAAACGCGCCAAUCUCUUCUCUCGUACGGAACCGGCUCACAAGCAACAGUUGGUCGACUUGUUACAAUCCUUGGGAGAAAUCGUGGCCAUGACGGGUGACGGUGUGAACGAUGCUCCUGCCUUGAAACGCGCUGAUAUCGGUGUGGCCAUGGGCAGCGGUACCGAUGUGGCCAAGUUGGCAGCGGAUAUGGUUCUUGCAGAUGACAAUUUUGCCACCAUUGAGAAGGCGGUCGAAGAAGGUCGCGGUAUCUAUAACAACACAAAGCAAUUUAUUCGUUACUUGAUUUCUUCCAACAUUGGUGAAGUUGUGUCCAUUUUCUUGACGGUUCUGUUGGGUCUCCCCGAAGCCUUGAUUCCUGUCCAGUUAUUGUGGGUGAAUCUCGUGACAGAUGGUCUUCCUGCUACUGCCUUGGGUUUCAAUCCUCCUGACCACGAUAUCAUGCGUCGUCCUCCUCGCAGUGGCAAGGAAGCUUUGGUCGACGGUUGGUUGUUCUUCCGAUACAUGAUCAUUGGUACCUACGUUGGUGUGGCUACCGUGUUUGGUUACGUGUGGUGGUUCAUCUUUUAUGAAGGAGGUCCUCAGAUCUCUUACUAUCAAUUGUCUCAUUUCCACAAAUGCUCAGACUUAUUCCCUGAAAUCGGCUGUGAAAUGUUUACAAAUACCUUUUCUCAAAAGGCGACCACCAUGAGUCUUUCCAUUUUGGUCGUGAUUGAGAUGUUGAAUGCCAUGAACAGCUUGAGUGAAAAUGAAUCUUUGUUGACGUUGCCUCUUUGGGCAAAUCCUUACUUGGUUGGAUCGAUUGUGCUUUCCAUGGCAUUGCACUUUAUGAUUCUGUAUGUUCCUUUCUUCACGAGCCUUUUCGCCAUUGUUCCUUUGAACUUUGAGGAAUGGAAGGCUGUAUUGUGGAUUUCUUUCCCCGUGAUUGUCUUGGACGAGGCCCUCAAGUGGAUCACCCGCACCUGGAUUGCUCCACCCACUGUUGUGCAAAAGACCAAAUCAAAGAAAGAAUAAUUUAUUCUUUGGGCCAUUGUAAAUUAACCCAUUUAUUCCGUGUUACGGUUCUCCUCUUCUUUAUCAUUUAGAAUAAACAUUUUACACACUCUCUUUUAUAACAA